CCGAGCCGGGGGCCGCCGCCACCCGGCGCGGCCGCUCCAGGCAGCGGGGCGCUGCGGCCCUUUAAGGCUCCGGUUGGCUGUCCCGGAAGCCGCCUGACGUGGCAGCUCGCGGGAUUCCUUCCGCUCAGUGACGUCACUUCAGGCCGAAGGGGCGCUGCGCGUGCGCCCCGCGUCGUGCGCGCGCCCGGCUGCGCUGAGGGUGGUGAGGCGGCGGGGCCGCGCGCAGCCGGGAGGAGCGGCCGUGAGACCCGGGCUGGUGUGACCUGGUGUUCUGAUCUCGGAACGCACAAAAUGAAAACGCCUGUGCCCGAUAAAAGCCUCUGAGUGAGGACGAGGCCCAAGGGGCGCUGUGCUGUCAUGCCCUUAAGCGACGGCCGUGGCCGUCGGACCAGCGGCAGGUGCAGGCGGGGACACCUUCCCUGGGCCAGGCAGGUGGCACACACGCCCUGCCACAGAACUGCCGGAUUGGAGCUCUCUUCAGUGCUCUCUCAAAUGAGAGGAAUUGCUUUUUCCCCUCUCUGACUGUGGAAAUAACUGUGUUCUGAUAGUAUCAUGACGAACAUGGUGAAGGGUCUGGAGGGGAAGCCAUUUGAGGAGUACCUGAGGCCACUUGGCUUGUUCAGCCUGGAGGAGACUGAAGUCAGACAGCAUUGUGGUCUUGGAGCUUCCUCAUCAAGGCCAGUGGAGAUGCAGACAUUGAUCUCUGUUCCGGUGACCAGGGAUGGGACUCAAGGGAAUAGCUGAAGUUGUGUCAGGGGAAGUUUAGGUUGGAUGUAAGGAAAACGUUCUUCUCCAGAAGGUGGUUGGGCACUGAAGAGGGUCCCCAAGGAAGUGAUCACAGCCUCAAGCCUGACAGAGCUCAAGGAAUGUUUGGACAGGGCUCUCAGGCACAUGGUGGGAUUCUUGGGGCUGUCCUGUGUAGGACUAGGAGCUGGACUCAGUGAUUUCUGUGGGUCAUUUACAACUAAGGAUUUUUUGAUUCUGUUCCCUUUCUUUCAGCAAUAUUAGUGAGGGCAGUGUCAGUAGUGCAGUUGACCAGUCUUGUACAGCUGUCCCUACAAAUCCUGUGGUAACUGAUGUGACCUGGUAGGACUGCAUAAAGAAAUCUUUAGCAAUUCUAACCACUUUAGUAUGAAGAUUAAACUACCACUACUCAAGACGGGAAGAAAUGCAGCCAAUUAGUAGUUUAUAGGAUGAAGUUAUGCUAAUGGAAAGUUCCUUGAGCUGGUAUUACAUAAAUCAUGCUGCUGAUUUUUCCAAGCCUGCUCUUAGGAUUUGCUGCAUGCUGUUCACUUGGAGAGAAGGGCCUGUUGGGGAAUUCCUGACUACUGGGAAUACAUCAGAUGUAAUACAGGCUGCAAAUGGGAGCUUGAAAAUCGCAUCAGGGUGCCCAGGAGUGAGUGAGGAUUUCUCUGGCCAGAACAGGAGGAUGCAUGGCACAUUCUUGUAGCUGGCCAGUGUAUGGAGCAGGACUCUGGCUAAAGAUAAUACCUUCGUAAUCCGCGGCCAAAACGAGCCCCCGUGAGGAGCCACUGCGCAGCGCGGAGCCGCGGAUUGUCUCGCUCGGUCCCGGGGGAAUUUCGCUGCGCGCUCCAGCAGGGGGAGCGAGUCCCGACCGGGCGUGUCCGACCGGCCCGCGACAGAUGGACAGCACGGCGUGGACUUGGGCUCCGGCUGCGAGGGACCCGGCUCGGGGCAGAAAGCAGCCUUUUAUAGCCGGCACGCCGGCGCUGCGCCUCACACCUACACGCUCCGCUGCCGAGCACAGCGCCGCUGCCGCGACCCGCACCGCGCACCGCGCCCGCCGCUGCCCAUGGCGCCGCUGCCCCCGCUGCUGCUGCUGCUGCUGCUGCUGCCCGCGGCCGUUUAUAAAGGUGCUUCUGGGGAAGGCCGUUUGAGAAAUCGAAGAGGAAUUCUGGAAUUAGCCGGAGCCAUCAGAUGCACCACAGGGCGCUCUCCUUUUGCCUACCUGCGCUAUGGAUGCUACUGUGGCCUGGGAGGGAAAGGAUGGCCCAAGGACAGAGUAGACUGGUGCUGCUUUCACCACGACUGCUGCUACGGGAGGGCAGAACAAGCAGGGUGUCAGCCAAAGACUGAGAGCUACCACUGGGAAUGCAGAGACAACUCUGCCGUGUGUGACUCACUAGAAGAUAAAUGUCAAAAAAUGGCAUGUGAAUGUGACCGUGAAGCUGCCAAAUGUUUUUCUAAAGCUCCCUACCACAGAAAAUACCUUUUGUGGCCAGACUUUAUGUGUGGUGAGAUUCAGCCUUUGUGUAGGUAUUAGAUACAUGACUCUUGUAUAUAUUUAAAUCUAAAAUGACUUUUUUUUUGGCCACAGUAAUGACAACAAAUGAUUUUCCCCUUUCUUGAUAAUCCUUCAUUUCACCUCAGCCUCACCACCCCAAAAUGACCAAAGUAAACAUUUUUCCUCUUAUCUACCUUCUCCCAUGCACUUUUAUUAACUCAAUAGAAAGCUGAGUUUAUCACCUUAAGGAGUAACUGACAAUGUUAAUUUUUGUUUAUAUUCAGAUUCACAGAUUUUUCAGAUUGAUAAUAUCAUUCACUGUGAACUUUUUAUCCCCCCUCCACUGGCUGUAAGAUACAAAUCAAACUUCUCCACUAACAAAUCUUAGCAUUUGUUCACUUUGAACUGACUGGGAAAAGUGCAUGAAGUUACAGUGUCAGCACAAAGAACCCUCUCAUCUACAUUAAACACUUAUUACAAAGCCUAA